AUGGCGUCGACGCUUACCGCCGAAGAGAGGACCAAGCUCAUUGAGGGCGCUUUUGAGGCCAAGAAAUAUUCAUAUAGCCCCUACUCCAAAUUCCCCGUAGGAGCUGCACUAUUGGCUAAGGACGGUAGUAUUAUCAAAGGUGCGAACGUUGAGAAUGCCUCGUAUGGUGGGACGAUCUGCGCUGAACGGACAGCGAUCGUCAAAGCAGUUAGCGAAGGCAUCCGAGAAUUCAUAGGACUCGCAGUCGUCACGCAAGUCCCUCCUACACCCUCGAGUCCAACCAACAACUUAUUCUCCCCUCUGUUUCUUGCCCAUACUAGGAAUGUCGGCUCAGCCAUAUCACCAUGUGGCAUAUGCCGCCAAGUAAUCCGCGAGUUCUGCUCCCUCGACAUGCCCAUCCUCCUCGUCCCAGGGGAUUAUCCACAACCACCAGCGCCCGGCUCUGGGUACAGCGAGGGAGGCGUGAAAGAGACGACAUUAGGCAUCUUAUUGCCUGAUAGUUUUGGCCCGGAGCAUCUGGAGUUGCCUCGUAAAUCGUAA